AUGUCUCGCGAUGUUCAUCGUGAGUCGAUGAAUAAUUUUAAUCGGUCAAAUAGUAAUGAUGACAUUCAUUUACGUCCAAUGGCCACACUAAUUCAUUCAAAGCCAACAUCUCACGGUGCUGGUGAAAUGAGUUUCGGCGCACCAGAUGAUGGUUCAUCGAUAUCAUCAUCAAAUGAAUAUGUCGCACCAUCACCUUAUCAAAAUACCUCAUCAGCGAUAGCAGGUGCAUCACGGGGGUAUGGGUUGGAUCGAUAUCAGACAACAGCGAUACAAGAUCAACAGUCAACUGUGGGUCACACAAAUGAAUUAUCACUGCCCAUAAAAUCACUUCCUGGAGAGGAUGACAUUAAAUUAAGAGAAGAAAUUACCUAUCGUAUUCAGAAUCGACCAAUAACAUAUCGAGGAGAACUAAUUGUAACAAAGUAUCGUUUGAUGUUCAUCACCAAACCGUCUGAUUCAGUCCAAGUGCUCGUUGACGUACCAUUGGGAAUGAUUAGUCAGAUAGAAAAAAUCGGUGGACAAGCAAGAAGUAAUAUGAGUGACGGUGCUGCCUAUGGAAUUGAAAUAACUUGCAAAGAUUUACGUCAUUUCUUCUUCGGUAAUACAAAAGAACAAAAUCAACGACGAAACCUCCUGGAUCAGUUAACACGCCUUGUAUUUCCAUUUUCAAUCAGCAAAGCAGAUAUUACUAAUCCAUUACAAUUUUUUGGUGCUUUCUUUGCUUUGGACUAUAAGAAAAAAAUGUGCCCGAAUACUAUCGACGAAGGUUGGACAUUGUACAGUAAAAUGAAAGAUUACACACGAAUGGGUAUUCAACAAAAUUCGGAUCCCCAUUGGACAAUCAAUGCAGAGAUUAACAAAAACUAUGCCCUAUGCGAUACAUAUCCAGAUAUUCUCGUUCUUCCAUCAAGUUUUGAUAUAUCACGUUUACAGCGUGUAGCCGAUUUUCGUAGUCGAAAUCGUAUUCCAGUGCUCAGUUGGUAUUCUCGCGAGACAUAUGCGACCAUAACACGCUCAAGUCAACCGUUGACUGGUUUAGCAAAUCGUACAUGCGACGAUGAUAUUGAAUUAUUACAUAAAAUCGCCGACGCUAACGUCAACCAAGGUUUCAAAUUAGUUAUACUCGAUGCUCGUCCGAAAGUCAACGCAAUGGCUAACAUGGCCAAUGGAGGCGGUUACGAAGAUUAUCCGAAUUGUGAAUUGGAAUUUCAUAAUAUUCAAAACAUUCAUGUUAUGAGAGAAAGCUUACGUAAGUUACAUGCUGCGAUUCGCAAUGCGUCACACGAAGACAAAACAUGGUUUAGUGACUUAGAGAAUUCAAAUUGGCUGUUUCACAUUCGAGCUAUCUUAACUGCUGCUAUUCGAUUGGUGUCGUUGAUUCACAAUGAAAAGCGAUCAGUAUUAGUUCAUUGUUCAGAUGGAUGGGAUCGAACUGCACAAUUAACAUCAUUGGCAAUGUUAAUGCUUGAUGCACAUUAUCGAACAUUGAAUGGUUUUAUGAUAUUAAUUGAGAAAGAAUGGAUUAGUUUUGGACAUAAAUUCUUUUUACGUAUCGGUCAUGGAGACAAAAGUGAUUCUGAAAGAUCGCCCGUAUUUUUACAAUUUCUCGAUUGUACAUUUCAAUUGCUACAACAGUUUCCAUCGGCAUUCGAGUUCAAUGAAAAACUCUUGGUGACCAUUGCUGAUAAUCUCUAUUCAUGUCAAUAUGGAACGUUCUUACUCAAUUCUGAUAAAUUACGCACGGAUAUGAAAGUGUCCGAGUAUACCAUGUCGGCAUGGACACCUAUUUUACGCGAGCGCACACUGUAUUUGAAUCCUUCCUACACAGAUAAAUCAGAUAAAGUCUUGCUUCCGAACAAUUCAACGCGUCAUAUAAAAUUAUGGAAAAAUUACUAUUGCCGUUACAUGCCAGGUUAUCGGUCUACAUUGGAUGUUCUUACUCAACGUUAUACGACAUUACUCAAUCUUCGAAAGAAAUUCACCGAUGAGUUCAACCAUCUUCGACAAGAUGGCGAACUUCAAGCCCAAUCUUCCUCACGAUUGCUAUCUGGUGCACUCUAUCAAAACCCUGUUUCGACCGCCGCAACCUCGUCUACAUCUGCCCAGUCCAAAUCAAAUGUUGCUCAAGCUACGGCAACAUUCAUGACUUAG